CGUGAUCUACAUCGUGCUCCGACCACGGUUAUAUCUUAAACCAUUGCUUCGACUCAUGAUAAUAUCGACGGUUUGGGGCGCAAUCUACACGAGCAGGUGGUCAGCAGACGAACAGCAGCAGCGGAAGCAGCUGUUAGUACGUAAACAAAAGGACCGUGCGUCGAUUGGAGGACGGGAUCAUCGUCGUAUGAUUUCGUCCCUUCCGCUUUUCGUUCUCACCAACCAGCACCGCGAAAUUCUCUGACGAUUUGCACCUUAUACGUAUCACACACGCGUUCGCGUAUCAUGUCCCAUCAUAGAUCUACAAACGUAUCAAAUUAUAUAGGUGUAUAUAAUAUUAUAUAUAUAUAAGUUUGUACAUCUCGUACGUGGAUGAACUUUUGAUUUUAUUUACAUAAUACGCUGGCACUAAGCACAGAGGGAAUACGAAAUCGUUUUUUUUCCUCUCUACACACGAGACCACUGUGCACCUACGUCAGUCAUACCGCUGUCGUUUGUCCCGUUUCCGGAUUAUAUUAAUUCAGCGUUUUGCGUUCAUACUACUUUUUUUUUAAAAAAAAAAAAGGUGAAAUCAUGACAGAUUCCAUAAAGUUUGGUCCAGAGUGGUUAAGAAAUAUGUCUCAAGGCAUAUCAAAACCACAGCUUGCUGAACAUCGUUAUGGCCGAGAAGAAAUGUUAGCCUUAUUUGAUAUCUCGUCAUGUAAUAUUCCACCAGAAUCGCUUAAGGAACUGUCUAUGGUGUAUAAUGACAAACCUCAAAAUCCUUUGUCUCUACAACAAAUGUCUGAAGAAGAAACUAGACUUUGGAAUCGAGGUAUAAAUAGUGAUACCAUUAUCAGGGCAUCUGUUCGAACAACUGGUGGCAGAGGUACUACUAAUAUUGAAGUUCGUGGAGGUAGUACAAGUGCCAGAGGACGAGGUGGUCGUGGUGGUUAUUAUUAUAAUACUACACGGCCAGGUUAUGAAGAAGGCCCAGAAGGUGGAGGCUCACCAAUGAACCGAGGUCCACACAGACCUUUUGAAAGACUUAACUCGAAUGAAAGAAAUAUGAAUCGCAACGGUGAGUUUACAAAUGAUUGGAGGGGAAGAGAUGAAUCAAAUUGGUGGAGGAAAAAUAGAGGAGGAGCACAUCAAGGCCAAUCUGAUGAAUCUAAUGGUCGUUGGGGACGAACUCGUUCAGAUUCUUAUAACAAUGAUAGAUGGCCUGCCGGACGGCCAACAUCUAAAUAUGAUGAAGAUGAAGGAUGGGAUCGUGGUGAAUCUAGAUGGUCAAAUACUGCCACAACUCACGAACGUCGAAAACUUGAUUGGGGAGAAACCUUGCCGGAAUGGGCUGUUGAUAAUCCUGGUGAAAAAGGUGGAAGUUUUGAUUCGUCUGGUGCCUUCCAUGACAAUCAUUAUGUAGAAGAACACCACUAUAACAUAGGAGAUGAACUGUCACGAGAAGAGGGGCGAGAAUAUGAAGAAGAUAAUGAUAAUGGUGAUACAAGUGUUAAUAAUAUAGAAAGCUCAAAUAUCUCACCUAUAGAUGAUAAACAGCUAAAUGGCCGAGAAAAAGAAGAAGUUGUAUCGUCUUCAAUAUCUACUUCACCAUCGCAUAAUGAAGAAGUAAUUUCUUCCCCUGAACGUUUUAAAUCCAUGAGACAACAGCAUCAACAUAAAAUAAAUUCCCAAAUAACUCAAGAAGUAUUUAUACAGAAUGAACCGGUAAUGAUUACUCAUCCUGAACCUGUAAGAAUCCAGCAGAUUCCAGAUAUUCCAGUUAUUCAUAGCAAAAGCAGUCCAGCAAUUCCGCUUAUGUCUGACUGUCAACCUAAUAAAAUGGAAAAUAUUAAAAACUUGAGAGAGAUGCCUGGUAUAGGGAGUCAUAUUGAUAGUACUAAUAUUAACCCUAUCCACCGAUCAACGAGUUUAAAUGCUAAUGCUCAUCAUCGGAUUGAUACAUUGGAUGCUGAGGCAGAAUCAAUGGUAUCUAGAUUAACCAGUGAUAACUUUAAAAUAGGGCCAUCUUCACAUUCUCCACUCGCUCCUCUUACUAACAACAAAUGGUAUUAUAGAGAUCCCCAAGGCGAAGUUCAAGGUCCUUUCUUGACAACUGAAAUGGCAGAAUGGUAUAGUUUGGGAUAUUUCCAUGACAACAUGUUAAUGGUGAAGAGAGCGUGUGAUGAACAUUUUUAUUCCUUAGGUGAUCUUGUUCGAUUAAAAGGGAAUGUACCAUUUUCAGACACUCCAUUUUCGGAGCAUGAAGUGAAAAUUAGUAGCCGAAUAGGAGUACAACCUCCUCCAACACACAGCCCUUACACAAUGAAUGAAUCUUUGGUUCUUCAACAGCAACAGCAACAAUAUCAAUACAGGCAAUUAUUUUUAAAGCAAAGAGAAUUAGCUAUUCAAAGUGCAGUUCAUCAACUAUCCCAAUCUGAAAGGUGGAAUACCCUAUCGCCUAUAGAACAACAACAGUUGAUCAUGCAUCAUAUUCGAAAUGUAGAAGCAAACACAGCAAUUCCUCCAAUGUUUGCACCUCCCAUUCUUCAACAACCUCAGCAAACACCAAAUAUACACCCCAUGAACCAACCACCUAAUAACAAUUUAAUGGUGAUGUUAUCUCAUAUGCAACAACAGCAGCAACAACAUUUCAACCAUCAAAUUGAUCCUAAACAUAUUCAUUCUAUACCACCUUCUCAACCAAUGACACAACAACUCGACCCUCUCCAUUCGCUAGUACAAAGUAUGGGAGGUCUAAAAACAUCCACACCACCACCAGUAAAUUCAAGUCACCACCAUCAAAAUUCCAAUAUUAUACGACCAAGUAGUGCUCAGCCAGAGAGCAAUCCUAUAUCAGAUCUUUUAAGGCAAUUGGGUGCACCUCAAGAUAAACCUCUCAAGAUAACUGAAACGAGUGUAUGGGGUAUGGAUUUUUCGGGUCCAGACAGUAAACCUAAAAUGAAUGGUCCAGUCGGUAUUAGUGGUUGGCAAGCCGGGUCUUCCAAUGAAACAUCUCAACAAACACCAGGUGUCUUGUGGGGAUCUGGAGAGUAUACUAAAAUUAUUGGAGCUGACCAUAAAGCCAUUGAAGAAACCAUAAAAGAAGAAGCAAGACGAAGUCAAGAAGCUAGAAAACAAGAAAUUAAACAAAAUGAACAGAUUAAAAAAAGAGAAGCAGAGAAGUCCAGAUUACAAAAAGAAUUAAAAAAGAAACAAGAACUUGAAAAAGCUCAACUGGAAGAAGAAAGAAAGAAGGAAGAAGCUCGUAGAAUUAAAGAACACGAAAAAAAGUUAAAAGAAGACGCAGAAAAGAAAAGAAUUGAGAAAAAAAAACUAGAAGAGGAACAAAUGAAAAAACGUGAAUAUGAAAAAAAAAUAAAAGAGGAGAAAGAAAAAAGACUGUCAGAAGAAAAAAAGAAAGAAGAGGAAAAACGACUUCUAGAAGAAGAAAAAAAAAGGACAUCAACCCACAUGUGUUGUUUCCAUUUUACAUAUUUACAAUGUACCAAAAUUCCACAACACUUAGGGAAGAACUUAAUCUGUAAGAAGAAAAAAGAACCUCAAACAGUGGCACAUAAUGGUAUUGAAGCAUCUGCACCAUGGGCUGCUACAGAUAAAAAAAAACAAGUGCAAGUAAAGUCAAUGGCUGAAAUUCAAGCUGAAGAACAAAAACGUGAACAAUUGAUGAAACAAAAAGAACGUGAACGCGCUGAACGAGAAAUAUCUAUGGUAGCAAUUGAACAGGCGAAACAAGAAAAAGCAAGAUCUGCAGUAAAAAUGCAGUCUUGGUCUACUGUAAUCACUAAAAAUGUUCCUCAGUCUAUUCCCAUGGCUAAUAAUUCUGUUUGGGGAUCAUCUAAUCAAAUGAAUACCGAUAAACCAAUGGUUCAAAAAUCAAAUAAAACACCUGCUGUUACAGUUAAUAAUAAAACUAAUGUAAAGAAUGUAGCAAAAACUGUAAAUCAAACUGUACAGCAAACAAACGCAAUGAAGAAAGCUAUUGAAAGUAGAGGUGAAAAUAAUAAUUGUACCGACGAAUUUAGCCAGUGGUGUUGUAAACAUUUAGCAACUCUCAACAAAAAUACUAUUGACAUACCAACAUUUGUGACAUUUUUAAAAGAUGUUGAAUCUGAGUAUGAAGUAAAGGACUACAUUCAGAGUUAUCUGGGUGAUAAUAAAGAAGUUCGAGAAUUUAGUAAACAAUUCUUUGAUAAACGCCUAAAAAUACAAAAUAAACAAAGGAGUUCUGAUUUUGUGGAAAUGAAAAGUAAAAACAAAAAACGGAAUAAGAUGGUGCCACUAGAUAAUAAAGUACUAGGCUUUAAUGUGGUCGCUUCGGAACGUAUCAAUGUCGGUGAACUUGAUCUUGGCGAAUAG